UUCCGUUCACGGAAGCGCCUGCGGUGUAAAUAUAUCUCAGUGACAAAGGUGUGAAAUGAUGUCAAUGGACGAAAUACCUACAGGCUUGAAUGAACAGCAUGCUCAGCUAUGUUUUGGUGGCGCUUUUAUCUGUGUCGUUGGCAGUGUUGUUCAUUCCUCGCGACUGGUACGUAAAAUUUGGAAAUGAAUCAACCCAGGGGCCCCCUGUGCGGCUCCUGAGCAGGCAUGAAUUAUCACUGUACGACGGGGAGGAAGGCAGCAAGGGCCUUUACCUGGCCAUCAUGGGACAGGUUUUUGAUGUACACAAGGGACAGAGGCACUAUGGACCAGGUGGUGCCUAUCACUUUAUGGCAGGCAGAGAUGCCUCACUGGCCUUCAUCACUGGAGACUUCACAGAAAAUGGCCUGACAGAUGAUGUGUCCAGUCUCUCCCCCCUGCAGGUGGUGGCCCUAUAUGAUUGGCUGGCCUUCUAUCAGAGGGACUAUCAGACUGUAGGUUUGGUAAUAGGCCGGUUCUAUAGCGAGACUGGACAGCCCACAGAGGCCUUGUUGCAGGUGGAAGCAUCACUAUCAGAGGGCCAGCGAAUCAAGGUCCAGUCUGAGGCCGAGAUGGUUCGCUUCCCAGCCUGCAACUCAGAGUGGAGCGCUGCCAGGGGAGGAAGAGUCUGGUGCUCCACUAAGAGUGGUGGAGUGGUAAGAGACUGGACAGGCGUCCCGCGGAAGCUCUUCUCUGCAGGAACCAGUGGUGUUCGUUGUGUCUGUGUUGAAGACCCGUCUGCAGCAGAGGAAGACCCCAACCUGCAGAAAUAUGAAGCCUGCCCUCCACAUGCUGAUUCAUGCCAUGUUGGAGAGUACUAGUCUGGACCAAUGGACCUAUUCAUGGCCUGCUGUUUACCAGCAUAA